AUGGCCGACAUGUCGACGUCUGCGAGUCCACACAGUCCUGUAUACGAAGGGGAGACUUUCGAUGACGCCCUUGAGACAGCUCAAAUCCAGGAGAACAACCUAAAUGUGUCCAUCCCCAAGUCCACCUCCACCCGAUCGUUGACCGAUAGCCCUCCAAUCGGUUCACUUAUGUCGCCGGACACGACGGAGAAACCUCCGUUCCCUUCUGUAUCGCAGGACGAGAAGAAGACUGAGGCUACCAAGGAGGAGGACAAGGAUGGCGAGGGGCGGGAUGAACACAACAACCAGCAGAAUAAAAAGAACAGUAAAGAUGAGAAGAAUGAGGACAGCGAAAUUGAUUCGAACGAUCAAACUAACCAUCGCGCCAAUGGCGAGGUGAACGCCGCGACCGAUGAGCCCACCGAGGGCGACAAGCCGGAGCAAGGGCCCGGGGUUACGCAGACGGAGGAGGUAGAUAGGUCCGAGGAAGAUCGAGGUCAGAGUCCAUUGCAGAAAUCACCUCUGCUCACAUCCCACCGUUUAUCAACAGGAUCAUCGCUCGAUGAGAUCAACCUGAUGAACAAGGAAGAAGAGGCGACGAACAAGGUACAGGGGCAAGGUGACAAGAUGGAAGCACCUCCCCUGCCUCCUAAAGACAAUGUGGCCCCUCCAGCGAAUGCUGGACUGAUGGGAUUGUCGGGUAGCCUGCCCUCGCUACCAUGGGCUGCCCCUCCAGUGAACAAGAACCCACCCCCCGUUCCCCCGCCGCCUCCUCCUCGAAAGCCCAGUGGUCCAUUCGCGUGGUUCUCUCGAAGCUCCACUUCAACCAUUAAGGACGUCAAAUCUCCCCCUCCCUCUGCUAGUCGCCGCAACACUGCUACUUCCGUAUCCACGCUUGGCAGUAGUUUAGACCAGAAUGCCCGGGAUGGCGACGACAUCUCGAGCAUUGGCUCGAAGAAACCGAGGCGCAACAGCUUGAAAGAUCAGUUUAAGAUGCUGCGCCUGCGCGAGGAGAGCCAUGCACCGGAGCAUGAUCAGACGAGCGUGCGAUCGGGCCAGGCCAGCCAGCCUGGAGCUAGCCCCCCUAUAAUCCUCGAGGAAGGGGAGGGGGUUGUCUUCGUCACACCAGGACCAGCCUCGCCAACGAACGUCACCUCUGGAAGAUCAGGUUCUAUGGCUGAUGCUUCUACACCAGUGGACUGGGAGAUGUGGCAGCAACUCGUGAAUAAUGGGCCCCAGGCCUUGGCAAGCUCAGAGGAAUUGAAUGCCGCCAUCAAACGGGGUAUUCCUCAGACAAUCCGAGGCGUGAUUUGGCAAAUCUUGGCGGAUUGCCAUACUGCUGAGAUGGAGGACAUCUACCGAGAGCUUGUGGCGCGUGGCACAGCCCAAGAUAAAGAGGGCCGGACAUUGAAUGGCACUGAAUCUACGUCCUCGCGAUCUUCAGUCCGGUCGCAGCACUCGGGCUCCGGGUCACGGUCCAGCAGUGCAACUCCUAGUCCGUCUCAUGAUGGGGACGCCGAUAAGUUGGCUAAGGAACAAGUCACCAAUGAAGCUGACCGUCUGAAGAAAGCAAAAACAGAUGCCAUUGCCCUACAAAAACUAGAGAAGAUGAUCAGGCGCGAUCUGGGUGCUCGCACUAGUUACGCGAAAUACUUCGUUUCCCAGGGCAGCCAAGAAGGUCUCUUUGGGUUGUGUAAAGCCUACGCAUUGUAUGAUACCGCAGUCGGAUAUGCACAAGGCAUGAACUUCAUUGCUAUGCCACUAUUGUUCAAUAUGGAUGAAGUUGAUGCUUUCGCCAUGUUGGUCAAGCUGAUGAACAAGUACUCUCUUCGUGAUAUGUUCAUUCAGGAUAUGCCUGGGCUCCACCGUAGCCUGUAUCAAUUUGAGCGGCUCUUGGAAGAUCUAGAACCCGCCCUCUAUUGCCAUCUUCGCCGCCGUGGCGUCCCUCCUCAACUCUACGCCACCCAGUGGUUCUUGACGCUGUUCGCCUACCGUUUCCCGCUCCAGCUAGUGCUUCGAAUCUACGAUUUGAUCUUUGAGGAGGGAUUGGAGACAACUAUCCUCAAGUUCGGCGUAGCUAUUAUGAAACGGAAUGCAGCAGCGCUUCUCGAGAUGAAAGACAUGAGCGUACUCACCACCUUCUUGAAAGAGCGUUUGUUUGACGCCUACAUCGACAAACAGCCAUCUACCUCCUCAAUUUUGGAGUCGGGUUUCUUCGGAAGCUCCGGUGCCGCCGAUAAGGAGAUCUACCGAUCUGACCUCUUGGUGCAGGACGCCUGCGCCAUUCCUCUUACGCCACAGAUGCUUGCCACGUACACCGUCGAGUGGGAAGAGAAAACCCGAACCGAAAAGGAGCGUGAAGUGGAGCUUGAACACCUGCGGCACACUGUGAGCACGCAGGGUGCCCGUGUCCGACUCCUUGAGGAACGAGCUGAGGCAUCCGAUAAGGAGCAUGUGCAGCUGGCUUCUGAGUUGGUGCAUGUUAAGGUCGAGAAUGAGGAGCUCCGCGACCUCAACGACGCGCUGAACCUCCAGGUCGGGGAACUCAAGCGCGUGGUUGACAAGCAGCCAGCCGAAGUAGAAGAGAAGCUCCGCCUGGAGAUGGAACGGAUCAUGAAGCGGAACAUUGAAGUGCAAAAUGAGAAUCGUGCAAUGGAGGAGUCAAUGUCUGAGAUGGAGAAGGAAUUGGUUGCCACCAAAAUGAAGUGGGCAGAGAUCUCCGAAAACCACGAGAACCUCCGCCAGAAAUGGAGCGACCUUCGUCGUGCCCUCGACUGA